AUGAUGGCUCCAAACGGUAUCGAAGCCAUUGACAACAACUUGCAGUAUUUGCUUACGGUAGCAGAGCUUACUUUCGGUAGUAUCCAAUCGGUUACAAACCACCUUUUGACCACUGCGGCAGGAUUUCUGAAACUCAUUUUCAUUACGGAGCAAGACUCCCGCUCCUUCUACCGUGCAUUCCGCAACGGCAAGCGAUAUUUCAGGCCCGAUGAUGGUGGCCGUGACUCCCACAUGAAAAUAGAGCGUGACAUGUCACUCCGCGAGCGUUUGGAGCGACAGCCCUUGAUGGCCAUCACUAAGUGUUUGACCGAACUACCCCCCAAUGGCGAAGCCACUCCUAUUUAUCAAGAGUAUUUGCGCCCGGAUUGGAACUCCCUUCAGCUAUGGUCCCCUGAGGACCCCCAGGCGGGAUUUCAGGGCAUCCUCCUUGCGCAAGUCAUUUUUGUUGGCGAGGUCUGCAAGUUUUUUGUUCUCCCCAACCAUAAGACUCACAUUCUCGAGAACUUUGGUCAGGUUUUUAAACAGCGCAUGGUUGACACUCUAAAGUAUCAGCAGGCUUACAAUAGUGCAGCACAGUUUUCAACCACGAACUUGCGUUAUGACUACAGACAGCUCCAAGACCUUAGCAACUUCUCUGGUGAAGAAGCCGUUCGACUUUUCCCCUAUGAUAUCUACCCGGAGGAACUCACCCCUGAACUUCAGACCCAGCUCUCCCGCGACCCUGGCUCCCUCCUUCGGGGUAUGGGUGGACUCCCCUCGAUAGUGCAACAGGCUUUGGAAGAUGCUAGCAUCGAUCCUCUCCAAUACGGUAAAGGCCUAGAGCCCAGGAAUAAAGGAAAAGGUAAAGGCAAGUCUAAGUACAAAGAUCGAGAUAGGGACGCCUCCCCUCGACAGGGCAAAGGUGGUCGCUCCAAUUGGUGGAAUGAGCAGGCAACCGACAAGACUCGCGACCUCAGCGCAGCUUGGACAAUGUUCUCGCCAUUUUAUCAGUGUUUGAAGAUGAGCCUCAAGUCUUUGAUGAAGCCCUCCAAGGCAUCCUUACAGGUUGCAAUGUUCAGCACUUCAGUUGGCUACUUUCACUUUCGUUACCAGCUUUACUUCCGUUAG